AUGCCUUCAAGUGAUCCCAAAGCAGCGCCCGAGUUCAAGUACCCGCCUGUGCAAGCUGAUCGCUCACUCACCAGCCUUGACCUUAGCACCUUGAUGAUGAAAUCGACUACGCGUCGACUGCCAGAGCAGCCUGGCAGCUCACUGGACGACAGCACUUACGAGCUGCUCACUGAUAGUCUGAUCGAGACCUCGGACGACGAAGCACAUACUGAAUCGAUUGCGUCUACGUCUGACGCUCCGACUCCAGAUGAUGCCUCGGCAUUUAGCGACGACGAUGAUGACUUCGAGAACGGCGGCCGAGCGCUUGACGAAAGCAUCCAGUCUAUGCAUGCUGCUGCCGUCGCUGCAGACGACGAUCUCGAGACGCCGUUGUCUGCGGGUGGGGCGGACAGUAUGCUCACGAUGGUACCAGACCACAUGGACGGCAGUGCGGGCUCAAGCAUGAUUCAGCUCGAUGAAGAGCUCACAGAAGAUGCUGAUGCUUCUCUUGGAACUACAAUCAUCAAGACACUCCCUGCCCAGACGGAGGAGCUGCCCAAGAUACUAGAGCGUUAUGGUCAGGCGCAAAUACGGUUGGUAGUCAAGGCGGCCCUCUCACCUCGAUGUGUUCCCACCCCAGAGUCCUACAAGAUCCUCUACCUCGGGCUGCCCGAGAGAUGGGUGCAAGACAGCAUUACGUCUCAAAUCCAUGCCGCACUGACAGCAUCGCCUAGCAACACAAGGUCAGUCAUGGUGCGAGGCCAGAUGGAGCCCCUCGGGCCUGUCAUUCAUGCUUUCCGCUGUUCGCAACUCCAAAUUCACGACAACGGUGCCGCGUUGCCUGAAGUCGUCGUAAAGACGGACGAUGGGAGGCAGCUCAGGCUCGGACCCCGGAAGACAGCACAGUUCGACCUGGUGGUCCACUGCCAUACAAAGCGUGACUCCUAUGCUGAUCCGCAGACAUUCGACUCGCUUCGAGCCGCCCUUCGUCGGCACAAGGUCCCUACAAUAGAACUUUCAGAGAUUCGACCGUACGGUGCUGGAGCUCGUACGUACGACAUGCGGAGCCUGAGUGUUUGCAUCGAAGGCCGCAGCGACAACGAGGCUGACUUCAAGUUGCUUGAGGUGCUCCCACUCGACGCGUUUACCUUUUGUGAGCUGGAGCCGUUGCAGGUCAACCGUCAUCUUGCACUGAUCAGCCCGCAUUUGGUGCCAACGGAAGUUGGGGUUGCCCCAAAGGGACGGCUUGCUAGCGUGGUUGACAUCCUGCGAGCUAUGGGCAAACAGCUACGAACAGGAGCCCCUGCCACUACCAAAGUUCUGCUCCUAUCCAUUGCAUUGACAGCAAUGCUGUCCGCGUUCGUCCUCAGCCCGAUAUACAUGCCGCUUUUGCUCGACAAAUCUACAGCGACCGCGGCUGAGCCGUCGUACUUGUCUGUCACACCUGUAUCAAGCCCGGUCGUCACGACACCAGCAGUCAGCUCCUUGAAAGUCGCUUCUGUAAUGUCUGUGUCUUCCUGGUCUUUGUCUGUGCCAAAGGGCCCCUCAGUCAUUGCCCCGCCGGCCAAGCAACCCAAGCCAAAGCAAGAGAAGAACAACAAGGACGAAGGGGUCAGUGGUUUUGACAUGCAGACUGCCGGUUCUAACCAGUUCGUCCUUACUCCGUCGAAGGACUUGGCUAGUUCGAGAAAGAAGCCGCAACUUCAGAUCCAGGUUUUCCGCAACGCCACGCUGGUCCCUAUCCGCUAUGUAAGGAUCAUCACCGGCGAGUACUUUGUUGAUCUCGAAGAUGAGUAUCCUUUUGGUUCAUUCAACGUCAGUAUUGCCAGCUACUCGAAGCCUCUUCUACGCCAGUCGUUCGAGGUGAACUUGGGCCACAACAAGACUUGGUUCGACCAGGUGCUGGAAACGACUGCAAACAAGGUUGUCGGCGCUCAAUCGCUGUUCUUGAACAUCUCCUCCACCACUGCGGAGCAGCUCCAAGCGAAGCUAGUUGACGUUGCUGGUCCCAAUCUUGGUCGAUGGGUAGAGGAAGGGCGGCAGCUGGAGCAGGCAGCCUAUCGCAGCACGAAAGAAGGCCUAGAGUCUGGCACAAAGUUCAUUAAGCACGUCCCUGGAGCCACCUGGCUAGGUCUACGGAGAGCUACUGCACCAGUCCGACUGUCGCAGACGAUGUGGAAGGCUAGGAUGAACGCCCUUCGGUUGCGAUGCAGCAUGGAGAAAGCUGUUGGAAGCUGGCGGAAAGGCUUGAACGAGAUGCAGAGCCAGGCCUGUCUGCAAUCGCAGCCGCACGCCCACGAGAAGGAGGUCUGA